AUUGAAUGAAAAUUCUGCAUUAAUUUACAAUUUAGUGAAAAAAUUUGACAAAAAAAUUGUGUUAUAGUGAAAAUUAAAUAAAAUAUGUCAUUUACUUCACGUCUCUGUCGUGUUAUUAAUUCGUCUACACACGUGCAACGUUAUGCAACGCGCAACAUCAUCGGCAGCACACAGGCGGCAUGGUCUUUGCGCUGGAACAAAAAUCUAGGAAGAAAUAUCCCUCAAUUUGCUCGUUGCAUGAGUACAGAGUCGACAGCUUCAGCGAAUGUUGAAGACAAGGGACGUUUCCACACUAUAAUCAGGCAAACUGAAAAGCCGGUCGGCGAGGCAGAUAAGCAUGAAUUUCAAGCUGAGACACGCAUGUUGCUGGACAUUGUCGCGCGUUCAUUAUAUUCCGAAAAUGAAGUAUUUGUGCGGGAAUUAAUUUCGAACGCUAGUGAUGCCUUGGAGAAAUUCCGUUACACUGUCCAUACCGCUGGUGAAAAUGAAAAGAACUUUGAAGGCGCAGAUCGGCCAUUAGAAAUACACAUUGCUACUGAUAAACAAUCAAUGCAAUUAACAAUACAGGACACAGGUAUUGGCAUGACUCGCGAAGAGCUUGUCAAUAAUCUCGGUAUGAUUGCACGCAGCGGCUCAAAACAAUUCUUGGAACAGAUAAAGGAAGCAGGUGGUGGUGUCGAAAACUCGUCGAAUAUUAUUGGACAAUUCGGUGUUGGUUUUUAUUCCGCCUUUAUGGUAGCUGAUAAAGUGGAAGUGUUUACAAAGUCCUCGAAAGUGGAUUCACAAGGAUUACGUUGGUCGUCUGAUGGAUCGGGGUCAUAUGAAAUUCAGGAAGCUGAUGGUGUAGCUCAUGGCACUAAAAUUGUUAUACAUUUAAAAACAGAAUGUAGAGAAUAUGCAGAUGAGGAUCGCAUUAGAGCGGUGAUCAAGAAAUAUAGUAACUUCGUUGGUUCACCAAUAUUUUUGAAUGGUCAACGCGCUAAUGACAUCCAGCCCUUAUGGUUAAUGGAACCGAAAGAUGUGUCACAAGAUCAGCAUAAUGAGUUCUAUAGAUUCAUUGGCAACACUUUUGAUACACCGCGUUUCGUAUUGCAUUACAAGACUGAUGUGCCACUCAGCAUUCGUGCUUUGCUCUACUUCCCCGAAGGUAAACCGGGUUUAUUCGAUAUGACACGUGACGCUAAUGUGGGUGUGGCCCUAUAUACGCGAAAGGUUUUAAUACAAUCUAAAACAGAAAACCUGGUGCCCAAAUGGCUACGGUUUAUUAAAGGCGUUGUGGACUCCGAAGAUAUACCCUUAAAUUUAAGCCGUGAACUUCUUCAGAAUAGCGCUUUAAUCAAAAAACUGUCUAAUGUGCUAGCAACUCGUGUACUGCGUUUCCUGCAGGAACGUGCGAAAAAGCAACCUGAAGAGUAUGCUGCGUUUUAUAAGGAUUACGGCCUAUUCCUCAAGGAAGGCAUUGUUACGUCAAACGAUCACAAUGAAAAGGAAGGCAUUGCCAAGCUUUUGCGUUUCGAUUCGUCAAAGAAUGCGGACGGCAAUCGUAUAUCCCUAAUAGAUUAUUGCACAAAUGUUGGUGAACAAAAGGAUAUCUACUAUUUAGCAGCGCCAAAUCGCGUACUCGCUGAAUCGUCUCCCUAUUAUGAAAGCUUAAAGAAACGAGGCGUUGAAGUGUUAUUCUGUUACGAACCCUAUGAUGAGCUUGUCCUCAUGCAAUUGGGUACAUUCCAAGGUAAAAAACUAGUUUCUGUUGAAAAGGAAAUGCGUGAGGAUGAUGCAGGUGAAAAGGUAACAGACUACGGCGAAGGCAGUUUGUUACGCUCGCAGAUCGACGAACUCUUGCCCUGGAUACGAGAGAAACUUAGCGGCAAAGUGGUGAAUGUUAAGGUCACAACUCGCCUUGACACGCAUCCUUGUGUGAUUACAGUAGAAGAAAUGGCGGCUGCGCGACAUUUCAUUCGCACACAGAGUCAUCAAUUGCCCGAAGAAAAUCGUUUCGCUUUACUGCAGCCGCAAUUAGAGAUAAAUCCUAAGCACGAAAUUAUUAAGAAAUUGAAUAAACUGCGCACAAGUGAUCCUGAGCUUGCGGAGUUGGUUACACAACAGCUGUUUGCGAACGCUAUGGUCGGCGCUGGGCUCGCCGAGGAUCCGCGUACGCUUUUGCUGACAAUGAAUGAAUUGUUGACAAAAGCUUUGGAGAAACAUUAGAAAAUUGUUAAAAAAAAUUAAAUUAGUUUUAUGUAUAUUUUUAAAUUGAACAAAAUUACUAUCGUUUUCCGUUUGGUGUGUGAAUGUACAAAGACAAGAAAUACAACUUAAUACUACACAAAUUAUUUUAAUUGUGAAAAUGAAUAAAAAAGAAAUGUUACAAGAA